CUCUGAUCGGAUUUAAUCAAUUUAAUUGAUCCAACUUUUAUGUUUUCUUUGCUGAAGUUCAUGUAGCACGAGGUUCGCAACACAAUAGCGCGAAGAGCUGGUGGGGAUAACGGUUACAAGGAAGAAAUGCGUUUGCAAUAAAGAUUAUUACAUGUGGCUAUAUGUAUUUAAUUUUAUCAUCAGUUUUAUAGUUCCUUGAUUUUGAAAUUUUAUUUCUUUGAUUCAUGUGGACCAGUUGAGCUUUUAUAGCAUCGUUAUACUGUACUUUCUGAAGAUUUCUGUGUUAUUACGAAUUAUUACAUACCAAAGAGUAAAUAAAUAUUUGUUUUUUAUUAAACAGUGUAAAUAAUGGAGGCUACGAAAGCAUCUAAGCAACAGGCUAGUUUUUACCAAAAAACUAAAAAAUUUAUAUCACGUUCCUAUGCAUCGAAAGAAGAGUUUGCAAGAGAAUAUAUGAAGCUCAACUAUGAAAAAGCAAAAGCUGAAGAACUAUUUCUUUUGGUUUUUACUGAACUUGAGAAAGCGGUAUCACAGGGUAACAUUGACCAAUUAAAAAGAUUAAGCACUUUAGUUGAUUACACAAGCGAAAUUAAGGAUAAAGUAGCAUUGAAAGAUUAUUAUGAUAAUCCUAAUAAUCCUAUUAGAGACACCAAUUUAGUUAUUUUAGCUUGUAAACAAAAUAAACAGGAGAUACUGACAUAUUUAUUUGAUAGUACUAAUAAAAUUCUACAUAAUUUAUCAGUGGAUAUUGGAAGAAGUGCUAUAUUACCAGGUAAUACAGAUGAAACUUGCCAUAAUGCAUUUUACUAUGCUAUACGUUCAGGUAAUAUUGAGCUCCUUGAUACACUAAUUAACAAAUGGCCAGAUAAUUAUUUUAAUUUUCAUUCAAAUGAAUUGGAUGAAAUUCUCUUGAGAGUUUACAAAGAACUGAAGUUGAAGAAUGUACCAUUGUCAUAUGAUAUAGAAAUUUUUGUCGUAGAUAAGUUAAUAAACCUGCGUUUCUUCUCUGAUACUUCUGAACCAGAUAAUAGUUGUAGGUAUGAUCUUAAUACUAUCAAAGAACGGAUUGAUUUAGUACUUGAAAAUAUUAAUUUGUUAAAAACUGAGUAUUCAAACACAGAAAAAGUAGAUGAAAAGUUUUUGUUCAUUACAAAAUUUAUUGCACAAAACAUUCAUACAUUAAAACAGCAGUUGAAAUCAACUUAUGAUAGAUUACCUUGGGAAGAAAUUGAGUUUUGUUUGGUCAGUUUUGUAUCUGCUUACACUAAACAACAAGAAAUUAAUCUGUUUUAUUAUGCUAUAUUAAGUAAGAAAAAAAUACUAAACCAAUUAGAAUGUUUUGGAAAGAAGCUUGAAGAGGAAAAAAUUAAUAUAGAAGCAAUGGAUAGUACUAAAAUAUCUGAUCUUCCAAAAUUAACACGACAUACAGUUAUUGCAAACAUUAUUAACAAUUGUCCUCAGUUUGAAGAAUUAUAUAAUGAUUAUCAACAAAUUAGGGAUAUGUAUACUUUAGAGAAAAUUAAUAAUUAUGUAAAGUUGGCAUUAUCAGUCUAUUCUUCAGAGAUGGAAGGACAGAUAAUUAUAGGAAGAGUCUUACAAGUUAUUAGUAAUCAUUUAAGAAAUACUUUGGAAUCUCCUAAAUUAUCUGACACUAUAAGUGAACUUCUUCUAUUAUCAUUACCAGAGUAUGCAAGAGAAGUUGUUAUAGAUUUACAUGAUUCAGAAGCUUGUGUUUAUUCACUUUCUCAAAGAUUGGAACUUGAAAAAGAUGCAGAUACUGACUUCUUUGUUGAAAUCCAAAAUGAUAUUGAAGAAAUUAAUGAUGUUAUUUCUGAUAUUCUUUGUGACAACAAAAUGAAAAUGAUCAGAAUUCUUCUAAAACGAAUUGUUAGUAGUCAAAAUUUUGACGAAAUAAAAGAAGUUAUGGCAGAACUUAACAAUAUCAAAUUGGAUAAAAUGGGUCUAGGAGGUUUUAAAAUGAAUGACCAUGAGAGACUGGAAAUCUCGAUUCAAGACUUGAGGGACAUUAUACUUUACAAGACAGAUUAUGAAAAAGAACUGUUUAAUAAAAUUAAUAGCAUAAUCAAUUUUGCAAGAACUAAAUUACAUGUACUAGAAACUGACUAUAUUCAAGGCAUUGGAUCAUUAAGGUUGUUACGUAUUGUCUUCAAUGAUAACAAGAUUAACAACAAUGUUGCUGAAGGGUUGAAAUUCUUUGUUAGUAAAAUAUUAGAGAAUAUUGCUCCCGAAAUAAAGACUCAAAGUCUUAAAGAAAUAGCUGAACUAUCAAUGAAAAUCUUUAACAGUGUUACAUCAAGACUAGAAGAUGACUAUCAUAUAAUGGGUGACGAGAUAAAGAAAUCAUUCCUCGAAAUUUUUUAUAUUGUUGAAAUGAGAAUAGAUGAUGUUCACUGGAUUAAGGGAUUACGUGAAAAGUUAAUUGAAGAUAGUUACUCUAUAUCUAUGUAUGAACAAAGGAAGACAUAUACUGCAACAGAACAAGAGUGUAAUAUUCAGCUUAGACUAAAAUUAGCUGAGCUGAAAAGCGUUUUAAACAGCAAUGCAUUGAACAAUCGCUUAAUUAACACAUGUUCUUCCUACAAGGAAGAUGACAAGUUACAAGUAGUAAUAUCAACUCUGGUAUUGGAUGUAAUGUCAAUUUUAUAUAACUCAGAGAAUUAUUUGGAAGACAAUUUACUAUUUUUAGACGAUGACACUCCUGUAUUAACUGGAAAGUGUUUGUAUAACUACUUAGCACAUGAUAAUGCCUUAGUUGAUAUAUUACUACUUGACCCAUCAAUAUCUACUAUUCUAAAUGCAAGAAAACUAAGUACAGAGAAUAUAAUUGGCACUACAAAAAAAAUUGGUAAUGUUCUCAGAGAUGAUCCCUCCAAAUCAAAAGAUAAACUCACUGAAAGUUUAGCUAUUAUCAAUAUUCAGAAAAGGAUGUUCGAUGCAUUGGAGGCCGGGAGUUUGGAAGAUUUAAAAGAUUGUUUGAAACAAGGAGCAGACCUCAAUGCCAGAGAUUUCAACUUGUGGACUGCAUUACAUUUUGCUGCUAAAGGACCCUCCCUCGAAGUCAUAAAAUUUAUUCUCGAUCAUAAUUUAAGCGUUAAUGUUAAGAAUAGCGAUAGUCAGAGCCCGUUGCACAUUGCCGCUGCAUACGACAGAAGAGAUAUUGUACGGUUUUUUGUAAAAAAUACGGAUUUAUACAUUGACAAUAAAGACAGCAAUGGCAAAACUCCGCUACACAUUGCAGCUCAAGAUGGUAACACAGAUAUUGUUGACAUUCUACUAAAAAAUAAUGCUAAUCCUAAUAUUAAAGAUGUAGCUGGCUUUUCACCUUUACACUCUGCAGUGAAAAAUAACCAUAUCGAUGUUGUUCAGAUCUUACUGAAGAGGGAAGUCGACUCUAACGAACUUCUAGGUGGUUUCACUUCACUGCAUCUGGCUGCAGAGUAUGGUCAUCUGGAGAUGAUUAAUUUCUUAUUGAAAAAUGGGGUGAACAUUAACACAAAAAGCGACAAAGGAGCAAUAGCGUUACAUCCAGCAGCACUAAAUGGCCACGUGGAAGUAGUAAAUGCUUUAAUUUUAAAGGGUACAGAUGUCAAUGUUAGACUCGAAGAUGGCAAUACACCUCUACAUUAUGCUGUAGAAAAUGGUCACGAAGAGGUAGCUAACGUCUUAUUGAAAUAUGGAGCUAAUACUAACGUUUCCGAUAAAGCCGGUAAAAAUACACCUUUACAUUUAGCAGUAAAAGAUAAAUAUGUGGAGAUUGUAAAACUUUUACUGAAGUAUAAGGCCAGAGUUAGUGCUGUUAAUGCUAAAGGUAUGACUCCGCUACAUUUUGCAGUACAGAGUGGUCAUUUAGAAAUAGUCACUAUUCUUCUUGAGCAUAAUGCAAAUAUUAAUGUUAAAGAUAACAACAAAGUCACGCCGUUGCACUAUGCAGCGGAAAAGGGUUAUAAAGAAAUUGCUGACCUUUUAAUAAAAAACAAAGCUGACGUUAACGCGAAAGAUAACAAUGGAUUUACUCCACUGUACUUGGCUGUUCUGCAUGACCACACAGAUGUUACUGAAUUAUUAAUAAAAUGCAAAGCCGAAGUUAACACCCGAGACAGUAAGAGCUGCACCCCCUUACACUUAGCCGUUAUAAACGACAACAGAGAUAUUAUUGAUUUCCUAAUAAAGAAUAAGGCUAGAGUAAAUGUUAGGAACAGUCGCAGUGUAACACCGUUGCAUACAGCUGCCGCAAUUGGUAACAAAGAUGUCGUUGAUCUUUUGGUCAAGAAUAAAGCUGAUCUCAAUGUGAAAUCAAAUCUUGGUAUCACACCGCUGCAUGCUGCUGUCAUAUACGGACACGAAGACGUUAUUCUUCUUCUAACAGAAAGUGGAGCUCAAACCAACUGUAUAGCUAAGUUCGGAGUUACAACCUUACAGUCGGCAGUUAAAGGUGGCUAUAAGAACGUCGUAAACCUUUUAAUCCAAAAUAAAGCUGACGUUAAUUCUACAGGUCGUACAGAUCUUACUCCACUGCACAUGGCUGUGGAGUCUAGAAAUAAAGAGCUCGUCGAAAUUUUAAUACGCAACGGGGCCAACGUUAAUGUCAUGACUAAUUAUAAAAUGACACCGUUGUCUUUCGCUGUUAAACAAAACUGGAAGGAAAUCGUUGAAGUUCUCAUAGCGAACGGCGCUAACGUUAAUGCACUGAACGGUGAAGCUUUAUCAUUUGCAACUUUCUUCGGUUACAAGGAUAUUAUAGAAAUUCUGUUGGAAAACAAGGCUGAUAUCAACUUACAAUUUAUGGAUAAUAAAACACCGUUACAUAUAGCCGCUAUGAAGCGCACCACGGACUUAGUAGAACUUUUACUUGCGAAAGGAGCUGAGGUUAACGCUAUCGAUAAGAAAGGAGCCACGCCAUUGCACUAUGCAGCGCGAUGCGGUAACGUGGAGAUUAUUGAACUUUUAUUGUCAAACGGCGCUAAUGUUAAUGCUAAUUGUAGCGAAGGUACUCCGUUACAUUACGCAGUGUAUGAAUACGACAGCGUAGAUGUUGUUAGGAUUCUAUUAAAUAAUGGAGCAGAUGUCAGUAUUAAAGAUCAUCAAGAUAGAACGCCAUUGCAGGUAGCAGUCACACAUAACCAGUUAGAAUGUGUAAAACUGAUGACAUUGCAGAGUCAGAAGAUAGAUAUCAAUGCCAAGGAUAGUGAUAGCUGGACAGUGUUGCACAAUGCUGCGCAAGAAGGUAAUCUAACAAUGGUAAAGUACUUAAUAGAAGAAGGAUGUGAUAUUAAUGCUAGGAACGCUGAUGGUUCAAUGCCCAUACACAUUGCUGUUGAAGAGGGUUUCAGAGACAUCGUUGAAUUCAUGCUUAAUAAUGGUUCCACUGUUCAUGAUCGUGGAACAAAUAAUCAAACAUUAUUGCAUUAUGCUGCAAUGACAAGCCAAAUAGGUCUUGCAAAGUACCUGAUAUCAAAAGGUGCUGAUAUUAAUGCUCAAGAUGACAAUGGACUGACUCCUAUGCACACUGCUGCUCAGUUUGAUUAUGAAAGGUUCAUUGAAAUUUUGUUGGAAAAUGGUGCAGUUUAUAACAUCACCGAUAAACAUCAUAGAAAAGUGUCAAGUAUGGCUAGUAAGAAAAGACUUAUAAGUAGAUUAAUAGCAACUGAGAAACUGUUUGAUGCUGCGAAGCAUAAUAUAUAUUUGGAAGUAGAGAGGAACAUCAAGCUAGGAGCAUUUCUUAAUGCGAAACAUGCUGCAUCGAAAGGUUAUGAUGGGACACCGUUGCAUUAUGCUGCAUGGAAAGGCUAUGAAAAAAUUGUCAGUAUCCUGGUUCAGAAUAAAGCCAAUCUUAAUAUAACUGGUAAUAAAGGAUUUACUCCUUUGCAUUAUGCUGCUAAGUUUUCUCACAUAAAAAUUGUCAUGUUUUUGUUGUGUAAUGGUGCAAUACACAAUGCUGUGUCAGAAGGAGGAAAAACGCCAUUAGACUUUGCUGUAGAUAGAAAUAUAAUUAAAUUGCUGAAUUUGGUGAGUGAAUGUUUCCACAAUGUUCUAAACGAUAACCCCAAAGUUAUCAUUGACAUUAACAAGAUAAGAGAUCUCAAUACAGUGUCAGCAAUAAUGAAUGCUCGCAAUAGGGAAAAUGAAAGUUUAGUAGUAGUCGCGAUGAAAAAUAAAUUUUCAAAAGUUCAACAGCUGAAAGAAGUAGCGCAACCCGACGUGAUCAGAGAGAUUGACACAGCCUUACUGUUCUUGUACCAGGAAGAUUACAUAUCAUCCCUAAAGAUUUUCAAAAACGUGUACGAAAGGAGAAGGAGACUUUUGGGUCCAGAUAAUCCUGCCACUUUGGACAUCCAAGUGUUCAUAGCCAAAAUAUUGUACAAACAAGGAGCUUUUCAAGAGGCUGCGGACAUGCUUAACGAGAUCUUCCGCAAACAGAAAGAAAUGUUUGGAUUCGACAACGAGAACACCUUAAGCACAAGGAGUAUGUAUGCUUUGAUUCUUCACAGACAGGGAAAAGACUACGAAGCUUUUAGCAUUUUUGAAGAAGUAUAUGAAAAACAAAAGGAAUUACUAGGCCCAGAUCACACGGAUACUUUAGAUACACAGUUCCACAUGGCCAUUGUAUUGGACAAACAAGGAAAGUAUGAAGAAGCACUAAAACUGAAUAAAGAAGUUUACAAGAAGAGAAAGGAAACACUCGGUGCAAACCAUCAGACCACCAUAUGCACCCAAAACAACAUAGCAAUGAUACUGGGCAACCAAGGCAAAUACGAAGAAGCCUUAAAAAUGUACAAAAUGGUUUACGAGAAGAAGAAAAUGGUUUCCGGUGUCAAUCACUCCGAUACCAUAAGAACGUUAUUUAAUAUCGCCGGGGUGCUGCUCAAUCAGAAGAAAUACGACGAAUCUUUGAAGGCUCACCAAGAGAUUCUCAAUUUGCAGAUGAACCUUUUCGGGUCGAACCACCCAGACACCCUGAACACUCAAUACAAUCUCGCAAACGUACUCUUCGCUCAGAACAAGUGGAUCAGUGCGUUCAAAGUCUACGACGAAUGCCUCGACAAAAGAAUAGCUGUAUUCGGACUAAGUCAUUCCUCCGUUUUAGACAUUAUACAUAAAAUGGAACUGAUUAAUUUCAGAUGCAAACUCGAGGGCUCAAACGCGUCGGAGAUUGUCAAGCACGUGCAGACGGACAUCAACAACGCUGCCAGCAAAGGAAAUAUACAAACUCUUCGCGGCUUGUUAACGAACGGAGCUGACGCCAACGACAAGGACACCGAAGGGAGAACUCCGUUGCAUUACGCUGUUAGCAACGGACACUUAGACGUUGUAAAUAUCUUGCUAGAAAGUGGAGCCGACGUUACUCAGGUCACUAAGAAAGGCAACACUGCGUUACACACUGCCACCUCUAAGAAUUACAAGGAAAUUAUCGAAGUUUUGUUACGACGCGUGAGUCGCGAGAAAAUGGUUGACUUCGUGAACGCCAAAACGAGCGGCAGCGGUGUAACUUCGCUGCACGUUGCUGCUAAAAAUGGCUCCCUGGAUAUUGUCAAAUGUCUGCUCUCCUACGGUGCGGGCUACAACGUCACAAAUAAGGACGGCAAAACACCGUGCGACCUUUCCAACAACCAAGACGUUAAGAAUCUGCUGCAGCUCAUUGACAGAAUGUUCAAAGACGUAAAAUGUGGCACUGCCGAGGCUAUUGACAAUCUGAAUGUCUUAACUCCUGAUGAACUUGUCGCCGUAAUAAAUGCUCGCGAUGAACAUGGAAGCACGCUGGUGCAAGCUGCCAUAUUCAGUAAUAAGAGGCACAUUGCUGCCAAGUUAUUAAAAAUGGUACAACUCGAAAUGUAG